AUGUACCACUUCCUAGGAGCAGAGCACCGGGCCCGCCUGAAGGAGUACAGGUAUGCGAGUCAGGGCUCGUCGCUCGUGUCGACAUAUGUGCUUGGACCGUACUGGAACUGGCUUGUGACCCUGUUUCCCCUGUCGAUCGCGCCCAAUACGCUCACGCUCAGUGGUCUGCUCCUAGUUGUCGCCAACUACUUCUCUUUGCUGUUUCUCGAUGGCGAGCUUGAGAAGGCUACGCAGUUGCGUGCGCAUACCUCUGUCCAGGAUGGAGCCUUACCGACGGUGCUACUGCUGCCUGGUGGCGGUCUGCCGGAUGCGCUACGAGCGACGCAGCCUACGACCGAGUCGCCCAUUCCGUCCUGGAUGCUCUUCGUGUGGGCUAUCUGCCUAUUCCUGUACCAGAGCAUGGAUGCCAUUGACGGAAAACAGGCACGCCGAACGGGCAUGGCCGGUCCCCUAGGCGAACUGUUCGAUCAUGGCUGCGAUGCUUUAAAUACGAUGCUGGAAGUCGUGCUCGCCGCGUCUGCCCUCGGCUUUGGCCGUUCGUAUUGGACCCUCAUCUGCCUCAUUUGUUCGUUGACCAGCUUCUUUCUCACGACGUGGGAAGAGUAUCACACGCAUGUGCUGUUCCUGUCGUCGUUCUCCGGCCCUGUGGAGGGCAUUCUCAUCAUCUGUGCGCUGUAUACGUGCGCUGGCGCGUUUGGCUCCGGCGUGUUUGUUCAGGGCGUCCUGAAUGUGCUGCGCGUCUCGCACAUCGACUGGGUCCGCACGCAUAUCGCAUGGGCGAAUGUGCCGCUGGGUGAUCUGGUGAUGCUGCUCGCGUGUCUGGGCCUCUUGGUCAAUGCAUGGCAGGCGUACCGCAACGUCCGAGGCCACUGUCGCUCACAGCACAUGUCGACGCUCGCGCCGUUAGCAGGCCUUGUGCCCUUCGUGAUCCAAAUUGUGUCGCACAUGGCCUGGGCCUCUGGUCGCGAUGCACAGGUCAUGGUGCAUGGCCACCUCUUUAUGGCCUUCCUCAUGACCUGGGGCCUGAGUUUUGCGUACCUUGUGGGCCUCGUGAUCCUGGCUCAUGUGUGCCGCACGCCGUACCCGUACUGGAACGUAUUCAUGCUGCCGAGCAUGGUGCUGGGCCUCGAUGCGUGGCUUCCGCAGCCCAUCCUUCAGGCCACGCUCCCCCAGACCGUGCAGCGUGUGUACUACGUGCUAGGCCUGACCAUCGCCGGCUACGCCUACUUUGUGUACGAUGUGAUUCGCACGAUCACGACUGAAACAGGCAAGCCAUGCUUCCGUGUGGUAAAAGCACACGAGCAGUAG